AUGGACAACCGCGAAUCUGCGAAAGCACCAAUCUCAUCCAGCAUUGUUCCCGGGGCCUUGAACAAAAUCAAAGACAUGGCCACAGGCGGUGAAAAGGGACGCAAGCUCGCUCAGCUCGACCAGGUCAGCCAGAACGUCACUCCGGACGACCGCAUCACCACCGAUUGGGGCGUUAAGCAGGCCAACACCGAUGACUGGCUGAGUAUCUCGACCGGGGACAAGAUUGGCCCCAGUCUGCUUGAAGACAGUGCUGCGAGAGAGAAGAUCCACCGUUUUGACCAUGAACGGAUACCCGAGCGUGUUGUCCACGCUCGUGGCGCUGGCGCCUUCGGAAACUUCAAGUUGUACGAGAGCGCCGAGGAUGUGACUAUGGCACCCGUACUUACCGACACUUCCCGCGAGACACCCAUCUUCGUUCGAUUCUCCACCGUGCAAGGGUCGCGAGGAAGUGCCGAUACCGUCCGCGACGUUCGUGGCUUUGCCGUCAAGUUUUACACUCAGGAGGGAAACUGGGAUAUUGUGGGAAACAACAUUCCCGUGUUUUUCAUUCAGGACGCCAUCAAGUUUCCCGACAUUAUUCACGCCGUCAAGCCCGAGCCGCACAACGAAGUGCCCCAGGCUCAGACGGCGCACAACAACUUCUGGGACUUCGUGUACUUGCAUACCGAGGCGACACACAUGUACAUGUGGGCUAUGUCUGACCGCGCCAUCCCUCGCUCAUACCGAAUGAUGCAAGGGUUUGGUGUCAACACCUUCACCCUCGUCAACAAGGAGGGCAAGCGCCACUUCGUCAAGUUCCACUGGACCCCCACACUCGGAGUUCACUCUUUCGUUUGGGAUGAGGCUUUGAAGCUGGCUGGCCAGGACCCCGACUUCCACCGCAAAGACCUGUACGAAGCCAUCGAGAACGGCGCCUACCCGAAAUGGAAGUUCGGUAUCCAGACCAUCCCUGAGGGUGAGGAGGACCAAUUCGACUUCGAUGUACUCGAUGCGACCAAGGUUUGGCCCGAGGACAUUAUUCCUGUCCGCUACAUCGGCGAGCUGGAGCUCAACAAGAACGUUGACGAGUACUUCCCCCAAACUGAGCAAGUUGCCUUCUGCACUUCGCACAUGAUUCCUGGCAUUGGCCACUCGGAUGACCCACUGUUGCAAGGUCGUAGCUUCAGCUACCAAGAUACGCAGCUCUCCCGUCUGGGUAUCAACUGGGAGGAGCUCCCCAUCAACAAGCCCGUCUGCCCCAUGAUGAACUUCAACCGCGAUGGUCAGGGCCGUCACACCAUCACCAAGGGCACAGUCAACUACUGGCCCAACCGCUUCGAGGCACGCCCGCCAGCGAAGAAGGAGGAAGGCGCGUACCCCGAGCCUCCGGUCCCGGUUGCUGGAGUCAAGGUCAGGACCAAGAGUGCCAAGUUCAGGGAACAUUACAACCAGGCUCAGUUGUUCUACAACAGCAUGUCCCCUCCGGAGAAGAACCACAUGGCCGCUGCCUUUGCGUUCGAAUUGGACCAUUGUGAGGAUCCCAUCGUUUACGAGCGCAUGUCGGAACGACUUGCUGAGAUUGAUAUCGAGCUUGCCCAGACUGUAGCCGAGAUGGUUGGAGGCCCAAUUCCAGAGAAGCAGACCAGAGCGAACCAUGGCAAGACAGCGAGCGGACUCAGUCAGACCGAGUACCCGCCUGAGAAGCCUACCAUCGCUAGCCGAAGAAUUGCUGUCAUCGUGGCUGAUGGAUUCGAUAAGACUGUCUACGACGCUGUGACGACGGCGCUCAAGGCAUCUAGCGCAUUGCCGUUCACGAUUGCUCCUCGGCGGUCCGAGAUCUACCCUACUGGAGUAGAGAAGAAGCCUGGCAAUGGUGUACAGCCCGACCACCACCUCGAGGGCAUGCGUUCGACCAUGUUCGAUGCCAUCUUCGUCCCUGGUGGCGCCGAGUCUAUCAAGACCCUGUCCAAGAGUGGUCGUGCGGUUCACUGGGUUCGGGAAGCCUUUGGCCACCUGAAGGCCAUUGGCGGAACUGGCGAGGCCGUCGAGCUGUUCAAGAUGGCAUUUGCCCUGCCCGGCAUCAAUGUGUCGACCGAUGACAAGGCCGUUGAGUCUUACGGUGUGGUGACCAUGGCGAAGGUUUCGCCGCAGAGCUUGAGCGAGACGGUGACGAUUGCAAAGGAGGGUGCUGGCCUGCUGGAGAAGUUUUGGUUCCAAGUCUCGCAACACAGGAACUUUGCCCGCGAGCUUGAUGGUCUCAACUCGCAGGUGGCUUACUAG